AUGUCUUCUGGUAGCUUGGACUCGGAUAGUUCGCAGCUGCCUUCCCAUCCGUGGCGUUCGUUUGGUAUAUGUUAUCGUGACCGGCAUUUUCCGGACGACCUCUACGGUGCGCCGGAUGACAGCGCUGCUUCUGUCAACCCCGUAAGGGGUGUAUUUCGCCGCCUCCGGGAGCGCACAGUUGACUUCGUGAUACGCCGGCGACUGGUGAUCUCCUGCGUUGUAUACGUCCUGAUGGAUAUACUGACUACCGUUUAUUACAAGCGGUUAAUGGAUCAUACUGGAAACUAUGUGAUGGUUACCAUGGAGAGUUUAGUGGUAUACUUUUUGAUUUUAUUUGCUGGGAUUUAUGGUAUCUGUUGUUACUUCGCCCCUACAUAUAUGUCUCGUCCAUUUAAUGUGCAACCUAUGCUGGUUCUUUCUGUUUUUGAUAUUAUGGGCACGGCACUUUCUGCUUUGGGGAGUGUGAACACUAGCGGUAUUUUGCUGGUUAUGUUAGCUCAAGUUGGGAUACCUUUGACAAUCAUUGCGUGCAAGAUCCUUUUGGGUCGCAAAUACCACGAAUACCACUAUUUGGGUGCAUUUUUGAUAGUUUUGUUCGUUGCUUUGAAAGAGCUCACAUUGCCUGCGGUAUCUGAGCGCAAUGACAUAAAUUCCAAUUUGCUAUAUAUUUUGGCAUGUGUUCCAGAUGCAAUAGCAUCUGCAUUGCGCAGUGGUCAGUAUAUUUCUGAGUCCUUCCAUUUAGUGAAAUAUCAGUUUACUGCUGUUGCGCUUCAGUUUGUUUUUGGUCUACCAUUAUUUGGAUUUUUCAUCUCUCGGCGAUUGACACGUCCCGAUUUGGGAAUUGUAGAUGGUAUAGCUCAUGACGUAAAGAGUGGUUUUAUGUGUUUAUUUUUGGGUCGCAAUACAAUAGUGGAUGGUUGCAGUGACACAGGUUUUCCACGUUGCGAUGCAUGUCCAGGUUCUUUAGGCAUAUUUGUGACCUAUUUGCUUUGUAAUAUGGUGAUCCGCGUGGCAUAUAUUGUGAUUAUGUUGAACGGUACGGUGACCCUUGUGUUUUUAUUGGGGACAUUAAAGGUCCCUCUGUGUUCAAUAGCAUUUUCCUUACCUUCUAUCAGUGGUGAUAGUGCGGGUGAAUUUGAGUUCAUAGAUGUGGUGUGUUUCGUCGGCAUCAUGUUAUCGCUAUUACUUUACGGUACGGGAACUAGUCGAUUAGAGAGUGCAUCUGAGCACACGUUAGAACAACCGCUACUACCGGAAAGCGAGGACUCGUUAAGUGAUAUAUAUGUACAAGAUCCUUUAGAGUAA